UUUGAAGUUAGGAUUAGGUUUUCAUCAUUUCCCUCCAAUUCUUUCACUCCCACUCUCUUUUGGAUUUUUCUUUGCCCACCACACCACUCGCCUGAAAAUCCUCGGAAGUUUUCAAGAGAAACAAAGAGGAGGAAGGAAAACAACAGGUUUCUUUGGCAUGGAUUCUUCAACACAAACUUUUCAACACCGAACAUUGCCAAUCAAAUUGUGGCCCCCUAGCCAGAGCACGAGGCUAAUGCUUGUAGAUCGAAUGAUCAAGAACCUUACAACUCCAUCCAUUUUCUCAAGGAAGUAUGGCCUGUUGAGUAAAGAAGAUGCUGAGGAAGAUGCCAAGUAUAUAGAAGAUAUUUCUUUUGGUACUGCAAACCAACAAUUUGUGAAGGAGCCAGAUGGCGAUGGGAGUUCUGCUGUGCAAAUUUAUGCCAAAGAAUCAAGUAAGCUUAUGCUGGAAGUUCUUAAAAGAGGCCCCAGAACAAAGGAGGAUGGAGAGGUUAUGAUAUCUGAGAAAGUUACUGCUGCUAAUGAAACAGUCUUUGAUAUAUCUGGAGGUCGUAGGGCUUUUAUUGAAGCAGAGGAGGCUGAAGAGCUUUUAAAACCACUUAGGGAACAAAACUCAUACACUAAGAUUUGUUUCAGCAAUAGAAGUUUUGGCCUGGGUGCUACUCGUGUUGCUGAACCCAUUCUAUUAUCCAUUAAGGAUCAAUUGACAGAAGUAGACCUCUCAGAUUUUAUUGCUGGAAGGCCAGAGGAAGAAGCUCUUGAGGUUAUGAAUAUCUUUUCUUCAGCCUUGGAAGGUUGUGUUUUGAGAUAUCUGGACCUUUCCAACAAUGCCAUGGGUGAAAAGGGUGUCAGGGCAUUUGGUUCCCUGCUAAGGUCUCAGAAGAAUUUGGAGGAACUUUAUCUGAUGAAUGAUGGUAUCUCAGAGGAAGCUGCAAGAGCAGUUUGUGAGCUUAUUCCUUCCACUGAGAAGCUGAGGAUUCUUCAGUUUCACAACAACAUGACAGGAGAUGAAGGGGCUUUUGCAAUAUCUGAGAUUGUGAAGCAUUCUCCUGCAUUGGAGGAUUUCCGGUGUUCUUCCACGAGGGUUGGUUCUGAAGGGGGAGUAUCCUUAUCUGAAGCACUAGGGUCUUGCCCCCAUCUAAAGAAACUUGAUUUGCGUGACAACAUGUUUGGUGUGGAAGCUGGAAUUGCUCUGAGUAAAUCUGUAUCUGUCUUCACGGAUCUCACUGAGGUUUACCUCAGUUACCUGAACUUAGAGGAUGAGGGGGCAGUAGCCCUGGCCAAUGCCCUCAAGGAUUCUGCACCUUCACUUGAAGUUCUGGAAAUGGCUGGAAAUGACAUUACUGCCAAAGCUGCCUCUUCUUUAGCAGCCUGUAUAGCAGCAAAACAAUAUCUUACUAAGUUAAACUUGUCUGAGAAUGAACUGAAGGAUGAAGGUGCAAGUGUAAUGAGUAAGGCAUUGGAAGUGGGCCUGGGUCAUUUAAAUGAAGUUGAUCUGAGCACAAACUCAAUUCGAAGGGUUGGGGCUAGGCUCUUGGCUCAUGCUGUUGUGCACAAACCUGGAUUUAAGUUGCUAAAUAUCAACUCUAAUUUCAUAUCUGAUGAAGGGAUUGAUGAGGUUAAGCUUAUAUUCAAGAAUUCUCCCGGUUUGCUGGGGCCUCUGGAUGAGAAUGACCCUGAAGGAGAAGAUCUUGAUGAGACAAUAGAAGAGGAUGGAUCUGGUAACGAGGAUGAAUUGGAAUCACGACUCAAGAACCUUGAGAUUAAGCAAGAGUGAUAGAGUUUCAAACUCCCAAGGCAGUAGUCCGCUGCCUUGCGCUGAUCUGAUUUGAAUCUUGUCCAGACCUGAUUUUUGGGUUAACAAGUAUGCUGUUGUAUUAGCAAGUUCUGCUGCAUUUAGCCGAGUGUAAUGGUCCUAAUGGAUCUAUUUGUGGUAGUUUAGGUUGGAAACCGUAACAGUUUAAGAAUAUUCCCUAGCUUACGACUUUGUUU